UUCAAGUUCAUUAUGCAAGUUAUUAUGAGAAAGUUCAGUAUACAAGUUAUUAUGUUGAAGAUUAUUGCAGCUAUGAAUUUUAUUUCGGAAUUUUACAGUUCAUGACAUUGAGAUUUGAUGAGUUCAAACUUUUCAUGUUGAAUAUAGUCCUCGAAUUAGGAAUAACCUAGCAUUUUCCUAGAAAAGUCUUGUUUUAUAAUCCCUUAUUUAUGUGAUAGUGCCUCUGAAUAUAGAACCAUGAGGAAUACGCGUGCACAUUCCCACCACGCCGAGAACUCAAAUACAAAUUCCGAAGCAGAAGCUGGACAACCUCAUCCAACUAAUGGAGGAGACUUCAUGAGUCAAUUUCUGAGCGCCUUACAAGGUUUUGUCCAACAGCAAACCCAAACUCAGGCCACGCAGCGAGACCUAAACCAGACCUCUAACACAAUGGAUCAAGCGGUAGAGCGAUUUCGGAAUUAUAAUCCGCCACGAUUCAAUGGACGUGAUGGACCGCUAGCAGCUGAAGAGUGGUUGGAAGAGCUUGAACGGAUUUUCACUCACAUCAACUGUACCGAGGAACAGAAAGUUUCAUGUGCUGUUUUUCAACUCAAAGAGGACGCUCGACAAUGGUGGAAACAUUUCUAUCGUCUGUUGGGAGAAGAGGAUCGCAAUGUUCUCAAUUGGAAAAUCUUCAAGGGAGUAGUAAUGGAUAAAUACUUUCCUCUGUCAUUCAGAGAAAAGAAGGAAACCGAGUUCUUUGAGUUGAAACAAGGAAAUAUGACUAUAGAGGAGUACGAGAGGAAAUUUAAUGAGUUGGCUCGUUUUGCACCACACCUAGUUGACACAGAAGAUAAAAUGAUAGCUAGAUUUUAG